AUGCUCUCUGGCGGGGAGAUCCUGGUCGUGCGCUCCAUCAACGUCCGUGACCAGAUCCAGAUCUUCUCGCGGACGGGGCAACAUCUGAAAACAGGGGACGACGAUAUCCGAACCGCGGCGCUGCUGCACUUGCGUGGCGCCGAAUACGGCACCAACACCCGCACCAUCAUCCCCAUGGGCGAGACCAUGGGCGGAUUGAACUGCGCGACGGCAAUGGUCCAGCAACCGGACAUAUUUGACGCUGUGGUCCUCAACGCCGGCGCCGUGGAUACUCUGCACCGUCAGAGACUGGGGCGCAGCGAUCGCGGUGGCCGGGACAUCGGCGACGUGCAUGACCCCGUCGACUUCGACUUCAUCAGCAAGUGGUCGCCGCUUGACAAGGCCCGGUCUGGCGAUGACUUCGUGAGCUAUUCGCACGGCUGCAAGACGGCCGCCGCAUUGCAGUGUGCCCGUGCUGCCGCUGGUGGCGAUCUCACCCAUGACCAAGGGCUUACAGAGGCGACGACAUACCUGAGGAUUAUCAGAGACUAG